UAUCAACUAGCAUGAUAGAUAUUAGCAUUUGUAAAAGAUGUAAUGUAGAAGGAUAUGUGGAUAUCCCACUUAUUUAUGACAAGCAUUCAUCCAAAGGGCGAAUUCGAUUUACCAUUACUUUUUUUUUCAAACUUAAAAUCAUGAAAAUGAGAGCUAGUAAGAAAAGAGGGAAAGUGAUUGCAAUUAUUUCCUUGCGAUCUCAAAUGUGGUUUUUGGAAUUACAUGAGAAAAUGAUGAUAAUAAUACCGGAAACAACAGUGAAAAUAGGAAUAAUAACAGCAACAACAAAUACAACGGUAGAAAAUGUAGCACCAACGAUACGAGGUGUAGAAGAAACUUCACCAUCUGAUGAUGGUCAGCAAUGUCCAAUGGCAGUAAAUAAUUGCAUUUAUGGAACAUUGUGA